GCGUGUGAGCGAGAGGCAUCGCCUACGACCGAUACGAAACGACGCGAGUCACGACGACGCACGUUGCCGAUCAGUGCAGGCCACGAUGUUCCACGAGAAACUAGACGUCAAACUGAUCCGACUGGUUCGCGACAACCCCGUACUGUACGACUUCAACCACAGGAAGUAUAUGGACUUCAACACAAGAGAGGUCACUUGGCAGAAGAUUGGAGACGAGCUGAGACAAUCUGCGGCAGACUGCAAAGUAAGAUGGAUUAACAUAAGGGAUGUCCACAGAAGAAUAUUAAAAAAGAAUCUGACCGACCCGGUCCAUCCGCCGCGGCAGUACAAGUACGAAACUGAUCUGGCGUUCAUGAGGCCAUUCUAUCGAGACAGGGUCAUCCUCACUGUAGAAGAAGAGGAGGAACAGAGGUCGCAAGAGUGGGCAGAGGCAGAAGCAGAAGUUGACGAGCCAGCCGUCAGCGACGACUCCGACGUGCCAAUCAAAAAAGUUAAAACAAAGAAGAAUAGAACGAGGAAGCGUAAAGAGCCAGUCUUGAUUGAGGACCCCAAACCAUCUGUAUCUUCUUUGAACGAGACCCAAAGCUCGGAGUUAGAUCCUACAGAUCCAGUGGACGCAUUUCUACUCAGUAUCGGAGCCACACUAAAGACUUUCACGCCAUAUCACUUGAACGUAGCAAAGAGCAAAAUAUUCGCCGUCGUACAAGAACACGAUUUGCAACAGAUUGUGCAGAAACAGAAAGAAGAUAUUGUUAAGGUGUCGACUACUGAAGUUUUAUAUUUAGAUGGAUAAUGUCUACUUUAGUGUCUAAUUUUAGGAUAUUUUGACUUAAUUACUGUUAAUUCAUAACACAGACUUCCAGGAGUAUUAUUUAUAAUUUUAUUAUUUUAAUUGUAUAAUUGUGUGCUGUAAAGUUUCCACAUCGGCAAAUUUAUAAGUUAUUGCGAAGUUGUAAUGUAUCAGUAGAUACUGUUGUGGAAGAUCUCUAAUAUAUCAAUACGCUGUGUUCAUUAUUUUUUACUUAAUAUUCUGUAGGUAUUCGUAAUUGUUAUUAUUAAAAUGUAAGGAAAAACUUCAUUAAAAUCACAGUUACAGACAAAGUAUAUAAGAACAUCAUCAUUAUUUAAAAAUUCAAUAGAAAUUCCUGAGUCAGUUGAAGAAAAAUCUAUAUUACGUGUUAUAUUUGUAACUGGAGCACUGCCUUUUAUUCUGCUGCUUAUUAAACUUACACGUCAUUUGACACAACAUUUAAAUACACCGA